AUGCACCAGUCCACGAGCCGCCAGGACCCGCCUGCGCCUAUGCAGGGGCAAAAGAUUGUAUUCCGGAUCCCCAACUACAAAUCACAAACGGCCCAAUCGCAUGGGUCUACGGAAUACUCGGCGGUGCGGACCUAUCAUUCUCGUCGGUCCCAUCGGAAGUCUCGUGGCGGAUGUGCCAAUUGCAAGCAGCGAAGAGUUAAGUGUGACGAAACAAAACCACACUGCCAACGUUGUCAGAAACAAAAACUCGAUUGCGACUAUACGGCUCAGCCGGCCCGAACUAAAGAUGAACACCAGGUGGUGGGUCAACUUAUCAUAUCACAUCCUGAUUUGAUGUCUCGAGAAUCCCUAUCUUCAUCUAUGUCUUUGCAAAUUGUGGCGGAGAAACUUAUCGAAGUUCUCCAGGUCAGCCGAGCUGCUUCUGGACCUGGUCUUAAUUCUCGUCCAGGCUCGCAGACAACGGGUCGUCUCUUGGAAGCUCUCCAGCAUUUCAACCUUAAUACAGUGGCGAGCUAUUCUUCUAAGAAGAAUCCUUCCAAUAUGGAUAUGAUGAGAGUUAAGAUGACAAAACUUGCUUUUGAGACACCCUUCCUCAUGCACGCCAUCAUCGGCAUCGCAACCACCCACCUCUGCAGCGUCGUCCCAAACAACAGCCAAUACAAAAUUACAGAAGCCCACCACUGGGCCCAAGCAAUCCACCAAUACUCCAACGAAGUCUCCAGCGGCGUAACCAAAGAAAACAUGGACAAACUCUACUCAGCCUGCAUCCUCCUCACCGUCCACUCCUUCAUGCUCCCCGAAUUCAACCCGCGAUCCUCCUUCGUCUUCUCCAACGACCCCACAGUCCUAAACUGGCUUCUCCUCCAAUCCGGCCUCCGCUACCUCCUCGAACGCACCACUCCCUGGAUGUCCGAAAGUAUCUGGUGGGCUACAUUUAUGGACUCGCGUGUCCCUGAUAUCGACUUUGAAGAUAAACGGCCCGGCCGUGAGGAUCUAGAUCCUGAUUUUGCUGAUCUAUGUGGAAUUACCGAGUCUUCAACUGUGGAUAAUAAUCCUUAUCUCUGGCCGUUGAGGAUGUUGUCGUGGUUGCUUGUUAUUGAAAUGUCGCCGAAGAGUUCGCAGACGUAUAAUAUGUGGAUGGGCAGGUUGGAGCCGGAGUAUUAUGAGUGUUUGUUGGCGAAGGAUCCGCCUGCUUUGAUUUUGCUUGCGUGGUGGUUGGCGCUUGUUUGUCAUGUUGAUGAGUGGUGGAUGGUCAAUCGGGCUCGUUCGGAGUGUACGGCUAUUUGUAUGUUGUUGGAGGAUAGUCUUGAUCCGUUGGUGUUGAAGUUGUUGGAGUUUCCGGCUGAAUCUUGUGGGUAUCUUCUUCGGCAUGUACAGGAGAGGACUGCGCUGGAGUUUCAAGAUGAUAUGCUGCUGGUUUUGUGAAUAGAAGCGAAUUACAGACACUUGAUACAUCGAUGCUGGGUCACUCUGCAAGACUGACUCUGAUCCAGUAUUUGGUGAGGACUGAGAGAUAAGUUCUAGG